AUGAAUUCGGGGAUCAACGCAGAGCAACUCGCAAAGAUAUUGGAAACAUUAACAUAUAGGAAGCGAGAAAUAACGAUCCCUGUAUUUAACGGUGAUCCGAAUAUGUUUGAUCAGUGGCGUUCGCUGGUCGAGGAAGAGUUCAAGAAGCCUGGCUAUAGUGAGGCGGAGAAAGCUCACUACGUCCUGUCGGUAUUGGAGGCACUCGUGCGUACAAAGAUGCCAAAUGUUUUACUUCGCAAGUGGGAUUCGGAAAGAAUGCACGAAGAGAAACAAAUGGGAGUAAGGUUUCAUUUGCCGGUGACAUUCGACAAGAUGCUGGAGCAGCUACAUGAAGCACUGCAGAUAUCUAGGCGCACAGAAUCGCAAUCCAGAAGGGAGGAGCCCAGGCGAGACACGGGUCUAGAUGCGGAUAGAAGAAGACAGCACACUGGUCAAGCCCUAAAUGUAUCCAGAACUGAAUGGAAGAAUUGCAUAUUUUGCGAGAAGGGUCACUUGUCGUCCAACUGUAGCGAAGCGAAUGCAAUGGCGACAAGCCUUAAGUACAACAACGCUAGACGUAAGGGAGCGUGCUUCAGAUGUUUGAGGCCAGGUCACUUAAGGAAGGAUUGCAAAAUGGUAAAGGGAUGCUCGGUGUGCGAGGGGAACCAUCAUGAUCUCCUGCAUUACGAGGUGAACGUUGGUAAACGAGGUGGUGCUGGACCUGAUAGGAAAUCUAUUGACGCUGUGGCUAGUGGUCAGAUUCAGUCAGCGUCUGGACUAGUUAAACCCAUGAAAGACCCAAAGGAGCUGCUGAUGUUGAGUGGGGUUGCCAAAAUCGAAUCGAAUUCAGCAAUGAUCACGGCGCGUGUCUUGUUUGAUAGUGGUAGCGGCGUCUCCUUUAUCAGUAAAAGAGCUGCGAAGACGCUGGGAUUGAAGGGUUCCGCUGUUGAUGGCAAAUUCACUCUGGCAGGUGGUAAAGCUAUGAGCCUGAAGACAGAGCGAGUUAGGUUUAAGCUGUCUACUGCGUUACCGUCAUGGCAAGGGGAGACAUUUGAGGUUGAAGCGUACGUCAUUGAUAAACCAAGUGCAGACUUGACUGCAGUACAUGUUGACCUGUCAAAGAUGCCACACCUACAGAACUUGCAAUUGGCUGAUCAGUUUCCGAGGAAAGAUGCGGUACGCGUUGACAUAAUGCUUGGAGUAGAAGAUACACUAAACAUUAUGAUGGGUUUAGUGAUUCGUGGACCCCCAGGUACUCCAGUUGCACAGAUGAGUCACAUUGGCUGGAUUCUAGCAGGACCCUAUUCGUCUAAGAUUAGUAGGAAAACCUCACCACCUGGUGUAUACAGAGUCUACUUUCAAAUUGAGGAUCCCAUAGAUAUGGCUGUGAAGCAUUGGGAACUAGAGCAUCUUGAAAUUCUGCCAGCUGAUACGCAGUCCAAGAAGUCAGGGCUAGAAAUUGAAGCCAUGAGGUUGGAAAAGGAUCCUGAGUUGGCUGCAACGUAUCAAGACCAGAUAUGCGAGCUCCUGGAGACUGGGAGAGCAGAGUUGGUUGGGAAAGAAGAUACUAAGAAUCCCGUGUGCAGCAUGCAGACAGUCCAUGAUCACGUGAAAUCCCAAGAGAAGGAGUUUCCGGACGCGUCGAAUGAGCUCAUGGAAAAUAUGUAUGUUGAUGAUGUCAUCUCUGGAGCUAGUAACGUUACAAGUGCCAAGCAAUUGGCGUUGGAUAUAAAGUCUAUGAUGAAGUCGAGACGAUUCCCGCUACGAAAGUUUGCAUCUAACAAGCGAGGUGCUCUCGAUCUUUUAGAGAGGGAGGAUUUGGCUGCAUGUCACGAGAAAACGUUUGUUGAAGAAGAAUACGCAAUAAAAAAUUUUGGGGUAAGGUACAUACUUUAUGAAGACGGUUUGAUGUUCCCGUUCUAUGAGAAAAUGGAAAAUGUGAAACAUGAAACUAGACGAACAGUGUUACAGCAGUUGCACAGGGUGUACGAUCCCAUGGGAGUACUUUCGCCAUUUGUAUUGAAGGCAAAACAGAUAUUUCAGAAGGCUUCGUUAACAACAGGAAGUUGGGACGGCGCUCUACCAGAAGAUUUAGCAGCGGCUUGGUUAGCUUGGAAGGCAGAUGUGGAGAAACGGAGUAAAAUAAAGCUCCGAAGACCUUUGGUACCAGAAAACUUCAAGGCUCCAAAAUUCUUGCUGCAUGCUUUUGGUGAUGCGUGCAAGGUAUCGUAUGGAGCAAUGGUCUACUUGCUUGUUACGGACCCCGAAGUCAAAGAGAACCACGUCACGAUAUUAUGCUCAAAGACUAGGGUGUCCCCUAUUGACAAGCAAAGGACACUGCCAGAACUAAAGUUAAAGGCUGCUCUGAUUACAGCAAGAUUAAUAGAAUACGUGAAGACUCGGUUGAAGCUGCCACUGGUGUCAACAUACUGUUGGACAGACUCAAAUAUCGUAUUGCACUGGAUUAGUCAGCCUGCUUAUAAAUGGCAGUGGCAAGGUCCAGAGUUUCUGAAAGAGGACGAAGCGGAAUGGCCUAAACAAACAGAGCUUAGUACAAAGACGUCGUAUGAUGAAGCUAACAGAAAGCUUAGACGGAUCAUUGUUUGCAACGUGAAAUCAGAAGCAGACCAUGAUGACCCGCUAACAGCAUAUAUGGGGAAAUUUGAAUCAUACUCAAAGUUCUUGAGCGUCUUUACAAUGAUAAGAGGAUGGUUGAAACGGCAUAGACGCAAAAGCUUUCCGAACGAGGGGAGUGAUGAUGCUCUUCUGAAUUUGACAGAGUAUCAGAAUGAAGAGAUGUUCUGGAUAAACCGCGUUCAACGGAAGGCAUUUCCUGAAGAAAUGAGACUAUUGGAAGCGGGAAAACCGGUUUCAAAGACUAGCAGAUUGUUGCCGUUGUCGCCCGUGUGGGAUAAAAAGAGAGAAACAGAGGCGCCACCGUUUUUGUAUGUGGGAACUGACUUUGCCGGCCCACUUUACGUAAAGACAUCGAGAGGCGAUGACACAAAGAAAGUCUACAUUGUAAUAUUUACUUGUAUGACAACAAGAGCUGUACAUCUUGAGCUGGUUGAGAACAUGUCAGCUGGGGAGUUCUUACAGGCGUUUGAAAGGAUGACAAACAGGCAAGGAAAAUGUGGUGUUCUGUACUCAGAUAAUGCGAAGUCAUUCAAGAGGGCAGCUAAUGUGCUGGAGUUAUUGUACAAAGCCAAGAAGGACAAGCAAAAGAUUUAG